AUGGCUGCUCGUGUCUCUGCUCUCCUGCUCCUUGGAGCCUCCGCCGUCAUGGCCGGACCUAUCGCCCCACGUGAUACCUUCACAAUCACUACCAGCGAAAACGCACAAAUUUCUGUCGGUGACUCGACAUGGAAUGCUGGUGCCGUCGAUAAUUUCCCUAUCCAUGCAUCCUGCAAUGCUACUCAACGCACGAUGCUCCAGAAAGGGCUCAACGAGGCAGUGCUCCUCGCCCGCCAUGCUCGCGAUCACAUCCUCCGUUGGGGAAACGAGUCCCAUAUUUACACCAAGUACUUUGGUGAUUCUCCUACCGGUGAACCUAUUGGUUGGUACACCAAGAUCGUCGACGGCGACAAGGCCGGUAUUCUCUUCCGAUGUGAUGACAUUGACGGAAACUGUCACCAGGAUGGAUGGGCCGGCCAUUGGCGUGGAUCUAAUGCAACCUCAGAGACUGUCAUUUGCGACCUCUCCUACGAGCUCCGCAAGCCUCUUGAGUCCAUGUGCAUGUAUGGCUACAAUGUCGCCAAUGGUGCCACCAACUACUUUUGGGCUUCGGAUCUUAUACACCGCCUUCUUCAUCUUCCUCCAGUUGGUGAGGGUGUCGUAGAGCACUACACGAAUGAGGAAGAGGAGAAGUACCCUAGUGUCAUCAACCUUGCUAAGAACAACGCUACAUACUCCGCUAGGGACAGUGACACUAUUCAGUACUUUGCUCUUGAGGCCUAUGCUUAUGACAUUGCUGUUCCCGGUGUGGGUUGCCCUGGUCGCUACGCUGCGCCUGAGGAGUCUCCAGCCGCCACCUCUUCUUCCACCCCAUCUGCCACCUCUGCUGUCACCUCUGCUGCGGCCUCUGCAACCGCCAGUGAGGCUGCUGCUGCGCCUGCCGAGGCUUGUGAGCCCCACAAUGACCACUGGCACUGCCCUCCUGGUGUCCCUGAGCCUACCUCACCUCCCUCUUAA